CGAGGCGACCGAUAGUCGCAAUUGGUCAGGUAUAAUUGGUGGUUCAGUGAUUUUGCUCGACUGUGAAUGUGAUUUAGUCAGAUUUUCGGGAUAAUCAUCGCCAGAGGAUUAGAACUCGGGUGUAUUUCGUGGAUAGAAAUUGUCAAAGGCAACGUCCGCACGCAGAGGUCAUUACCAGACGUGUACGUUGUAUAGUUUUCCUAAUCGUGAUGCUGUCAAAAUUGAUGAGGGGUGCAUACUCUACGGAAGAUACGUGCUGAUAUGGAGGUGGUCGAGAAUCCCUGGAUUUACAGGGCUAUUUUACUUGGAAGGUUUCCCAAAUAUAAUAAAAUAUCAAUAAAAAAGGACGCCAAUCGCACGCGAUACGAUUUGGGGAAAAUAUUCAUAAUAGUUUAACAACGCGAUCAGCUGUUGGACGCGUACAACGACCCGUCGUAUCGCCACCUCGAUCACGUCAUAGCCAUUUAAAAAAGCUAACCUUUCAUACUCCGUUUUACCGAUUACAUAUUUUUCCAACCCCCGACAUUCACGACAAAUUAAAUUCCGAAACAUGGCUUCGACUUCCAAUACAUCGGCUCAGGUCCUUAUAAAUAAAGGAAAACGCGGUGCUGCAGCUUACAUUCAUGCCGAAUGCAGCAAUCGGACAAAUAGUAACAUCGCAUCUUCCGGUUCUCCGACUCACCUCAAUGAACUUCUCGACAUUCUUCUCAUACCGAGCAAGGCUAUCGACGACUGGGAAACAAUUGAUUGGUGCAAAUGGUUGAUGGCUGGCGGUAGAACACCUGAUGAAUUUACGAACACCGUGAGAAUUUAUGACAACGCGACAACUUGUGGACUCGUCUGGACUCCUAACUUUGUUGCCUAUCGUUGUCGCACCUGCGGUAUUUCCCCGUGUAUGUCUUUGUGCACGGAGUGCUUCAAGAAAGGUAAUCAUCACCGUCAUGACUUCAAUAUGUUUCUCAGCCAAGCGGGAGGAGCCUGCGAUUGCGGUGACACAUCAGUCAUGAAAGAAACAGGAUUUUGUGAUAAGCAUGGGCCAAAAGCUGCGGUCAAUAAAGUAGCUGCACCAUCGGAUCUAAUGUGUGUCGCUGAAGCAAUAAUGCCUAGAAUUAUUCUACGUCUUAUACAAUACCUGCGAGACAAUUGCAAAGUGAAGGCUCCUGAUGAUUAUAGACUAGCUAUACAAGACGCAGAUGCUUAUCUCACAAUGCUGCUAGAUCUGAACAAUAUGGGAGCGUUGAUGCGUCAUGUUAUAACAUCUGCGCUAACAAAUCCUCAAAAAUAUCGCAAUCUUAUGGAUGCUGCAGCUGCCCCCAGCAGUUCUGGUCAGUCAGAGUAUCACAAUUACUGCCACAAUAGUAACGAGAUCUAUCAAGAUGCUGUCAAGUCAUUGCCAAAUCCUGAACCACCUGAUGAAUACAAAGAAUGCGCAUCGCUUCAAGAACAUUUGAAGCAUUCGACGUUUUUGGAAGAAUUAGUUUUUUGGACAGUAGCUUAUGAAUUUCCCCAGAAACUAGUCUGCCUCUUGCUAAACAUGCUUCCCGAUCCCGAUUAUAAAGAAGCUCUGACUCGAGCUUUUGUUCUACACUACAGCCGAAUUUCUAUGAUGUUGGAGCGUUCUCAAGAUCCUGAUACUCUGAGCAAUCGAGUCGUACACAUCAGUGUACAGCUGUUUAGUAACGAGAAAUUAGCUCUGCGCAUGGUAGACCAACUGAAGUUGUUACAUGUCAUGGUGAUCAGUCUCAAAUACAUGAUGAGCAAAAUCCUCAUUCAGAACACGUUGCACGAUCCAGACAAAAAUUUUCACUACGUAGUAGACUGCGGACGCCAAGUGAUGAAGGAGCACUGCUACUGGCCACUUGUGUCAGAUUUGAACAAUGUCCUCUCACAUAAGCCAGUCGCUGUGCGAUUUAUGAGCGACGAUAGUCUCCUUGAGAUGUGGUUUGACUUUCUCUCUAUGUUUCAAGGCAUGAAUGUAAACCAAAGGGAGAUGAACGACCACGUAGAAUUUGAGCCAAAUACUUACUAUGCUGCGUUCAGCGCAGAGUUAGAAGCAAGUGCUUACCCAAUGUGGGCACUUGUAUCUCACCUAAGAGGUCCAGAGAACCUGGUGCUGAGUCGCAGAGUACUUACAGUAUGUUUGACAGCUUUACAAGACUGGUUAGACGCCAUAAAUUACACCCAUCCAAACGUGAGUGACAGUCUGCAGGUGUCGUUUCAUCUGCCUCUCCAUAGAUAUUUCGCAGUAUUUAUGUGCCAAGCUGUCCAGCAACAGGGAGCUGUUCUUCACGAUUUACUACCACCCACCGACAUGUUGCACCUCAUCAUGAUGCAUCCACUGCGAGUUCAGGUGGCCUCUUACGAAAUCCAUAAUAAAUUGUGGGUGCGUAAUGGUGUUCAAAUACGGGGCCAAGCUAUGACUUACAUACAAUGUAACUUUUGCAAUUCGAUGGUAGACGCGGAUGUUUAUCUGUUACAAAUCUGCGCCAUUCAGUUGCAGCCUGAGAUCUUUUUGAAAACCGUCAUUGACAAAUUUCAUGUGUAUGAAUGGAUGAGCCUGAACAUUUACCACCCACCGCAGAAUGAGUAUUUAGAAGGAGAACACGAUACCCCGAUGCUGGAAAGUUGCCUGACAUUUUUGGCGACUCUUGUUAGCGUCCGCACUAAUUUAGGUCUUUCAGAUCCUGAAUUAUCUUGUCUAGAAAUGGUCACCCUACUAUGCAUAGGCGACAAAACCCACAGCCAACUUAUGGAGCUUAUGCCUGAACGAUGUGGGACAACGGCUAAUAGGGAGUUCGAGACUGUCCUCGCUGAGGUCGCACAGUAUAGGGCACCCAGUCUAGAGGCUAGUGGAAAUAUGCAGCAGGGAAUGUAUGGACCAAAAUCACGCGUUUGGGAUGAGCUGUUCGAUCCUCUUCACGUCUUACUCAGGGCUGUACAUCGCACGGAUUUUCAAGUCUCUAUGGACAGAUUUACCGAGUAUGUUAAACAAACUGGACAACUUAAGAGUGGCGCAACACCAUGGCCUCCGUUCCGUCACCCUGCUCCUGUUUCUUCCGACUAUGACGAUCCGAGACUUGUCCUCCGUUCGCGAGUUUUCCAUGCAAUGAUUCUCGUCGUACUCCACAAAUCAGUGAAUGGUCACAACGUUUCCGAACACAUCAUGGCCUUGGCCAUUUAUUUACUUGAAAUGGCUGUUAUGACCGCUGAAGUUCCUGAAAAAUCCACGAAUCCAGUUUGUCGAUACAGUGGCGGAGGGGUAACUCGUGUAAUAAAAGACAUGGACUUAGCAGGCUGGUUUGAAGGAGACAGUUUAUCUGAAAAUCUGAGGACAAUAAUACCUCGUGUAACUCUAGUCCAGGAGCCUGAGUCUAACAGUUCCGACAGUGAAUUUGAGUGGGAAAUCCAUGAUUCUGUGACAGAUAUCUCGACUUCUUUAACGCUGCAUGAUGAACGAAAUGACAUUCUUGCACUGCCGCCGUUAGACAUCACCGAGGACAAUGACGAACCAGCCCUACCAAUGGAUCAAUACCCUCUACAAGCUCUACCAUCCACUGGUGGCGAAUACAUGGUACCUGAAGAUCGAAUUGUCGCUUUACCAUCACGUACAAACAGUGAUGAUGAUUUGGUACCAACAUCGCCAAGAGCUCUACCACAAUCAACCGAUGAAAUAAUGACUGUGGCUGUAGCUCUUCCCGAGCCUGGGCUCAUACCCGAGGAUGGCGCGAUCGCUGGUCAAGCAGCUUUACCUCCAGCACCUCUACGCCCUGCAGUUAUGCCAGGCAACGAAAUUGUGUCCACGCCAAUGAUGUAUCCUGAACUUAGUAUUAGGGGGGUAACGUCGACGGAAAUUGUCCCAUCUACUUUGAAUCCUCAUAGUCAUUUUAAGAGGAAAGAACCUCAGUCGGGAUCUUCUCAACCUCAGACAAUCCCAGUUGGGGAGAGCAUAAUCUCGUUGCUGCUUAGGCUGCAUUCGCAGUUGUCAGGGGCGCCAGACAGCUAUAAUCCUGAACAAUUAAAUCUAACAACUGAUAAUGAAGCCAGCAGUAGUAGUAGCAGCUCCGCGAGGAUACCUCCUCGAGAAUCUCGGAUUGGUGAUGGUCCAUUUUUCAUAUCUCAACUCUUGAAUAAAAUUGGAAAUCUAGAUCCUGUAUGCAAGGAAAAUAUUAUGGAAACUAGGAAUAGACUUUGGCCUCGUAUGCACGAAGAUGAACAAUGCGAAAAAGAAAAUCGUGAGAGAGAGGAACGACGUCGGAGAGCCAAAGAGAGACAAGAAAAAGUUUUGGCAGAUUUCCUCGAUCAGCAAAAGAAAUUCAUGGAAACAAAUAUGGAGACUGACGAAGCCGGUGUAUCGAAUAUGGACUGCAGCGAGCAGGAAGAGCCGACAAAGUUAGCUAGUAAGAAAGAAUACGACUGUGUAAUAUGCAAUCAAACAACUCCCAGCAGCGAGGACAAGCCAAUGGGACUUGUGGUAUUGGUUCAGGCAACAAGUGUAAUCAGUCACGAAAGGCAACACCCUGAACGACUCGUGCUUCCGACAUCAGACGAAGAUCCACCCAUUUCCAAAAGUAACACUCGGAGCGCACAUUUUGAGCAGAGAAUCUCAGAGAUGAAUCGAGACUUCGACACUCCAUCCUGGCUGUUGUCCGUGAAUAUUGGUUGGGAAGGCGGAGUUCACGUUCAAACUUGCGGGCAUCACUUGCACUUGGACUGCCUUAAGUCUUACUUGGAAUCGCUGAGAAGUCAACACCGUCUACAAAAUCUGGCUGUCGAUAGAGGAGAAUAUUUCUGCCCGCUCUGUAGGCAACUGGCAAAUUCAGUUUUACCCCUGUCACCACAGCUCGGAGAGUGUGCCGCUGUUGUCCGUUCGCGACACGCCUCUCCUAUGGCUAUUCUGACAGAAUUGAACUCUUUUCUCAAAGAAAUACAACGAAAUCCAUUUCAUUGCUUUCAGAUAUCUUCGAACUUAGCUGUCGCUAUGGGAAAGGCUAUGGAAGAUAUGACGAGUAGCACUUACUUGAGGUAUAACCAGAGGAACGCUACACCUAGUCACCAAAGUCUGUUUCUCUUCGUUACUUCUGUAGCACGCACUAAUUUUGAGAUAGAAUUGGUUCAGAGAGGUGGUUCCUUGUGUGCAGCAUCAGCAGUGUCUGCACCGCUCACACCAAAACGAGAUUGCAUUGUCGCCCUUCUUCACGUGCUCGCGAUGCACGCACGAGUAUUAACCAAUUGGCCAGUAUGGCAAACUUGGCAACAACUUUCGGGACUCCUUCCCGAACCAGCAGCUCCACUUGCUUUGACACUAAUCGAGAAUGAAGUUCCGCUUCUACUCAGGGACCCCACAGCUCUCCUGAUACAAUUCGUGUUGUUACUUCCUCUUCAUUUAGAUCAGACUUAUUUCUCCAGUGUGGUAAAAGUCGUCUACAACCUCCUCUACUAUCAAGUGAUCAUCCAAAUUAGUUACAAUUUGUCACCUGUGGACAGAAGUACCCUGCUGAGGCGAGGGCGAGCUUGCCAAGGAGCUCCAACCACGUUGGAAGAGGCUCUUUACUCAGUUGUCAGCUACUUUAGUAACACUGAGCUCUAUCAGCGUAGUUCGGCUUUAAUGCAUUCUGCUAGAUUCAACAUCCAAUUGUUGGAGCCUCAAGUUCAAAAGCUCUGUUUGCCUUUUCUUCGGGUAGCUGCUCUGUUACGAUAUCAUUUAUACGAACAGCCGCUGCCUCUGGUUCGGACCCCUCAAACUGAGUUUGUUCGAUUAGUUUACUAUUUAGAGCUGGUCACAGAAGGUAUGGACUGGGAAUGCUUCAAUUCGGCCGUAGCACUGAAUUGGCAAGACAGCGAGGCGAGCUUGACUGUCCCACGGCUUUGGUUAGAUCAAUUUAAUGCGUUUGUUAAUCGAAGCGUGGACUCAGCCCGGAGCUUGAUCACCACCCAACAUAUAUAUUGGCAGGUUCCAAAGCUACUAAAUCUUCCAAGGGAGUAUGAAAAAAUCUUCACGUAUUACCACGAACGACAGUGCCGUCAGUGUCACUCCGUGCCCCAAGAAACAACCAUAUGUCUUUUGUGCGGAACCAUUGUUUGUCUCAAGCAAAACUGCUGCAAGCAACAAAACGUUUGCGAGGCUGUUAAGCACUCGGUUGACUGCGGUGGAGGGACCGGUAUAUACCUGGUUGUUACGUCAACGUAUGUUAUUGUGAUACGAGGAAAAAGAGCUUGUUUGUGGGGUUCUUUGUACCUCGACGAGUUCGAUGAGGAGGAUAGGGAUCUGAAGCGAGGCAAACCCUUAUAUCUGAGUCAGGAUAGAUACCAGCUAUUGGAACAGCAGUGGAUUGCUCACAGAUUUGACCAUACAAAGAAAACUUGGGUAUGGCACCGUGACGCGUUAUGACUAGUUACAUUAUUCAACAGUCAGUAAUCCAACACAACACAUCAGAAAUACAUGCCUAAUAUUGUUUCAAUUUUGAUUUUGAUGUGUAACGAGUGAUCCGAUGCCUCGCCAAUGAUGAUAAUAACGCUUUAUGGAAUAACACAUUGCUCUGAUAGUUUAUAGUUAAUAUAUUUAUUACGCGGCAAUGUUUCAACUAGGUAUAAUAGUAAUAUUAUUAUUAAUAAUAGUAAAAAUAAGAAUAAUUAUCGAAAGUAUUAAGACGUGAUGACAAGAGCUGGGCUAAAUUUGUUCAUAUUAAUAGAUCUUGAGUAAUUGUAUUGGAAAUUUAUAUUGUCCCAAGUCAACAAUGUAUAUUUUAUUUAAGUAUACAUACAUAUACAUGAAAAAUGUCUUAAUAAAAAAAAAAAAAAAACCUUAAAACAAAUAAAAAAAUAUAAUAAUUAUGUAGUGUCUACUAUUAGUGGUCGCGUUAGGCGGGCGAAAAUUAAAUGUAUAAUUUAUGAGUCGCUGUAAUGGGUUCAGUACUUGAAGAACUGAGUGUUUUUGCUUCGCGACGACCAUUAGAUAGAAUUUCAGUCUUUAAUCAGUCAUCAAAAGAACCUAAUUCCAAUAACAGGAUGGAAAGUGCGACGAAAUUGUUGAACUGAGAAUGACCUUAUUAAAAACUCCGAUUUACUGUAAUAAUAUUCAAUACUAGAAAAAUUGAUAAUAAUUUGUUGGCAUUUCGUACGAGGCAGUUAAAGAAGUCGACAAAUAUUCAAGAUUAUUGAUAAAUAAUUAAUCUGAAGUGUGGAAGUUUUGGCAGUUACUUAAAUUUGCGUGCUGAAAUACUAACAUCAAUAAUAGUGAUGAUAUUAUUAAUAAUCGUAAUAAUAAUAUUGAUAAUGAUAGGCUGUGUAUAUGAUACGGUGUAAUUUAUUCACCCACAUACAUAUUACUUGUACAUCUUUAAGAUUUGAGUACCUAGUGUAGAAGCUUUCCUUUCAUGUUGCAUUAGCCACCUAGUCUUGAAGCGAAGGAAAUUUAUCUACCAUCAACCCGAGAAAAACGAUGAGAAAAGUAUAAAAAAAAUUACUUUCGUCAUCAGCUCAAAAUUCACAAUUUUAAAUCUUUACCACUGUUUGAUUUGAAAAUGCAAGAAACAUUUCGCUUACUCUUGAGAAAGGUAUUGAAUAAUACAUGUGUUGUGUUUUACUUUUUUUUCUUCCUUAUUUACUUUUUUGGUCGCAACAGAGGCAUUGGGAACAAGAAAUUUAUAAUUAUCUGUUGCCCGAUUCAACGUAAAUACAGAGCAGGAUGGACAUUUUUUAAAGAGAUACAUUGUUAGCAAACAUCUAUGCCUCGACAGAAUUGUAACAUGGAGCAAGCGUUAUGUGGUUUGUGGGUUCUUGAAAGUAAAAAUAUAUCCGCGUUAAUAAUCAACGAGAUGAGUAACAAGUAGAGUUUAGAGUGGUGUCAGAUGUAUAUUUAAAAAUACGAAGAUAAAAAUACAAAAAUAAAAAUUAAUUGUGACAAAACCAAUGGACGUUACUGAAAAUAUUAGCAAUAUCGCUAUAAUUCACUUCUUCAACAACCAUUUAUUUUACAAUUGCGAACUAGUUUUAUCGAUUGUUUAUAUCGAUCACGUGUUCACUAAUUACGCAUUGCGUAUUUUGUUUGUGUAAAUAACAUACAUGAUCUAUUAUUUUAUAGCCAUGUUGUUACAUGUUGGGCAAAACUUAAUUGUGUAAGAAUAAUCAUUAUUG